GCUACAUCAUUGAUGGAGCCACGGCGCUGUGGUGUGCUGCCGGAGCAGGACACUUUGAGGUGGUGCACCUGCUGGUUAGCCACGGCGCUAAUGUCAACCACACCACCAUUACCAACUCCACUCCCCUCCGGGCGGCCUGCUUCGAUGGGCGACUGGAUAUUGUCCGUUACCUGGUGGAACACAACGCUAACAUCGGCAUCACUAACAAGUUCAACAACACCUGCUUGAUGAUAGCUGCCUAGGGCCAUGUGGAUGUGGUGAAGUUCCUUUUGGUACAGGGGGCCAAUGUCAAUGCCAAGGCUCAUUGCGGGGCCACGGCCCUGCACUUUGCAGCCGAGGCAGGUCAUCUAGAAAUUGUGAAAGAGUUAAUGGACUCCCAUGCAGCCAUGGUUAUGAAUGGACAUAGCAUGACACCAUUAAAGGUAGCCGCAGAGAGCUGUAAAGCUGAAGUGGUGGAGCUGCUGAUGGCUCAUGCUGACUGCGACCCUCACAGCCGAAUUGAGGCCUUGGAGCUGCUGGGAGCGUCUUUUGCCAAUGACAGGGAGAACUAUGACAUACAGAAAACAUAUCAGUACCUUCAUAUGGCCAUGACGGAGCGAUACCGCGACCCUGACAACAUCAUCGUUAAGGGUUUGCUGCCACCCAUUGAAGCCUAUGGGGGGCGGAGAGAGUGUCGAACGCUCCAGCAGCUGGAAGCUAUCCGACUGGACAGGGACGCCUUACACAUGGAAGGGCUGAUGAUUCGGGAGCGUAUCAUGGGCUCAGACAACAUCGACUUGUCGCAUCCCAUUAUUUACCGAGGGGCUGUCUGUGCAGAUAACAUGGAAUUUGAACAGUGCAUCAAGUUGUGGCUUCAUGCCCUUCACCUCCGGCAGAAGGGGAAUCGCAACACACACAAAGAUUUGCUGCGCUUUGCCCAGGUGUUCUCCCAAAUGGUCCACCUGAACGAAGUUGUGUUGGCCUCGGCGGUGGAGCAGGUCCUGAGCUGCAGUGUUCUGGAGAUUCAACGCAGCAUGACUCGCAUGGAGGCAGCAGUUGAAUCCGAGCUGCCGCAGGCCAUGGACAAUUAUGAGUCAAAUAUUUUUACUUUUCUUUAUCUGGCCUGCAUCUCCACUAAGACUAACUGCGGUGAUGAGGAGCGAGCCAGGAUUAACAAGCACAUUUACGACCUAAUCCAGCUAGACCCACGGACACGUGAGGGCUCCUCGUUGCUGCACCUGGCCAUCAGCUCCAGCACACCUGUUGAUGAUUUUCACACCAAUGAUGUCUGCAGCUUCCCCAAUGCCAAGGUGACUAAGCUGCUGCUGGACUGCGGUGCACAGGUAAAUGCAGUAGAUCAUGAAGGAAAUACUCCUCUUCAUGUGAUUGUCCAGUACAACAGACCCAUCAGUGACUUCCUCACACUACAUGCCAUUAUCAUCAGCUUGGUGGAGGCUGGUGCCCACACAGACAUGACCAACAAGCAGAAGAAGACACCGCUGGACAAAAGUACCACAGGUGUGUCUGAAAUCCUGCUGAAAACGCAGAUGAAGAUGAGCCUCAAGUGCCUGGCAGCCCGCGCUGUCCGACAACACCAGAUCACAUAUCGCAACCAGAUCCCCAAAACUCUGGAAGAGUUUGUGGAGUUCCACUGAACUCAGAGACUAGAAGGCUCAACAGACAUGAGGACAACCAUGUUGGUGCUUUCAAAUUGAUUCAUUUGGUGCACAAUGUAGUUCACCAGUAAAGGUUUUUAAGCAUUUUUGCAAUAUUAAAAACUAUUUCUUAUGAAUUAUUGUUUUUGCAGACAUGAAACUCUUGCAAAACAUCUAUUCUGGUUGAUGUGGAUAGUUGCUCAUUGUUGCAAUAAACCAGAGAAAGCCCAGCCCACCCCUCCUCCCCUUUUUAAGUUUCUGCCAAAGUUUUCUGCUAUUUUUGCUGAACGUUUAUUCUUGAGAUGCAGAGAAGGCAGCAGUGGUGUUGUCAUAUUUGUUCUUUCUUUCCGUUUUGUCAUGUGUGCCAUUUUAUUAACAUUCUGCAGCCUGAGCACCAGGGGAAUGAAGAAAAAAUUGUUGGACUAAAUAAAGGAGUGCCUCUAAAGACGUGCAUAGCACGCCUAUCUUAGAU